GCUGAAAGUAAGAAGCAUGAUACGCAUAAUUUACCUAUUUGCCCUGUGUGCAGUAACUUCUGCUGACGUCACGUCGUUGAGAAUCAAAGGCGGAAACACUGCUGCACCCGGUGAAUUUCCAUACCAGGUAUCAGUGCAGAUCAACGAGCAGCACGUGUGUGGAGGCGCUCUAGUUACGAUGAGACACGUCGUCACAUCUGGCAGCUGCUUGGUCAACAUACUUAGGAACCCGCAACUCUUUAAUCAACUGAAAGUUAUCGUGGGCACAAUGAAUCUGCGAAAGGACGGUAUGGUAUGCGACGUUUCAAAGGUCACGCUACACCCUGAAUAUCAGUGGGAUUGGCAAUGGUCGUCAUUCGAGAAUGAUAUUGGAAUGAUCCACCUCAGGCAGAAUGUGCAGCCGUCUCGGUAUGUACAGCAAGUCAAUCUGCCGGCUAUUACCGAGUUACCUCAAAAUUCCGAGCUGUUGUUCACGGGCUGGGGAAGCGUGAACAAUCCUAGCGGCCCAUCCAUCGAACUUUUACAAAAAGCUAAACUCCGUUCUAUCAGCAAACAAGAAUGUCAAAAGUACUUUCCAAAUCUCAAUGUGAAGCAAUACCAAAUUUGCACCUCGCCCAACAACUACCUUGCAACAUGCACGACUGACCAAGGAGGUCCUCUCACAUACGGAAAUCAGUUGGUUGGUAUCAGUACUGGAAUUCAUGGAUGUGCUGGUGGAGUUCCUGAUGUCUUCACCAAAGUUUCCUAUUAUUUGAAAUUCAUUGUCAAUGAUAUUAACUCUAACUAA